AUGUCCAAUGAUGAUUCGAUGACAGAGAGUGAUGACACGCACAAGGCCUUCAAGCCGGUUAUCUCGGCACUGGUCUUCGCCGUGAUCUCGAUUUGCUUGAGCACAUUCAGCCUCAUUCUGGUUUGGUUGUUGACAAUUUACGUUUAUUCCCAUGUAAGUUUUUAUCUUUGGGAGUAAAGUUGGAUUUUAUUAUUUACAUUUUAGUGCCUACCUUCAUUUAUUUUUAGAAAAAUUUUUAAGUUUCACCCAGUUAUCCGUUGUUUUCUUGUUUCACCGUGGUUUGAAGAUGAUAUUGUUAUAGUAUAGUCAACGAAUUUUAGUGUUGGUUACCGUGCAAUCUGGCAGUAUACAAGUUGGACCGGUGCAUAUUCCUAAUGGAACGACGCCGGUUUGCCGAUGACAUAUUGUCCAAGAUAAUGAUCGAUGCCAAGGUUGAAGUGUCCCGAAGCGUGAAAGACAACGACUCUCUUGUACAUACGUUAAAAUAA